AAUUUCAGUUUGGGAAGCAGCAUAUUGAGAACCUCUUCAGUGACCUACAGGAUGGGAGGCGCCUCCUAGACCUCCUCGAAGGCCUGACAGGGCAAAAACUGCCCAAAGAAAGAGGAUCCACAAGAGUUCAUGCCCUGAACAAUGUCAACAAGGCACUGCGGGUUUUGCAGAACAAUAAUGUUGAUUUAGUGAAUAUUGGAAGUACUGACAUCGUAGAUGGAAAUCAUAAACUGACUCUUGGUUUGAUUUGGAAUAUAAUCCUCCACUGGCAGGUCAAAAAUGUAAUGAAAAACAUCAUGGCUGGAUUGCAACAAACCAACAGUGAAAAGAUUCUCCUGAGCUGGGUCCGACAAUCAACUCGUAAUUAUCCACAGGUUAAUGUAAUCAACUUCACCACCAGCUGGUCUGAUGGCCUGGCUUUGAAUGCUCUCAUCCAUAGUCACAGGCCAGACCUAUUUGACUGGAAUAGUGUGGUUUGCCAGCAGUCAGCCACACAACGACUGGAACAUGCAUUCAACAUCGCCAGAUGUCAAUUAGGCAUAGAGAAACUACUCGAUCCUGAAGAUGUUGCUACCACCUAUCCAGAUAAGAAGUCCAUCUUAAUGUACAUCACAUCACUCUUCCAAGUUUUGCCUCAACAAGUGAGCAUCGAGGCCAUCCAGGAAGUGGAAAUGUUGCCAAGGCCACCUAAAGUGACUAAAGAAGAACAUUUUCAAUUACAUCAUCAAAUGCAGUAUUCUCAACAGAUCACAGUCAGUCUAGCACAGGGCUAUGAGAGAACUUCUUCCCCUAAGCCUCGAUUCAAGAGCUAUGCCUACACACAGGCUGCUUAUGUCACCACCUCUGACCCUACACGGAGCCCAUUUCCUUCACAGCAUUUGGAAGCUCCUGAAGACAAGUCAUUUGGCAGUUCAUUGAUGGAGAGUGAAGUAAACCUGGACCGUUACCAAACAGCUUUAGAAGAAGUAUUAUCGUGGCUUCUUUCUGCUGAGGACACAUUGCAAGCACAAGGAGAGAUUUCUAAUGAUGUGGAAGUGGUGAAAGAACAGUUUCAUACUCAUGAGGGGUACAUGAUGGAUUUGACAGCCCAUCAGGGUCGGGUUGGUAAUAUUCUACAAUUGGGAAGUAAGCUGAUUGGAACAGGGAAAUUAUCAGAUGAUGAAGAAACUGAAGUACAAGAGCAGAUGAAUCUCCUAAAUUCAAGAUGGGAAUGCCUCAGGGUGGCUAGCAUGGAAAAACAAAGCAAUUUACAUAGAGUUUUAAUGGAUCUCCAGAAUCAGAAACUGAAAGAGUUGAAUGACUGGCUAACAAAAACAGAAGAAAGAACAAGGAAAAUGGAGGAAGAGCCUCUUGGACCAGAUCUUGAAGACCUAAAACGCCAAGUACAACAACAUAAGGUGCUUCAAGAAGAUCUAGAACAAGAACAAGUCAGGGUCAAUUCUCUCACUCACAUGGUGGUGGUAGUUGAUGAAUCUAGUGGAGAUCACGCAACUGCUGCUUUGGAAGAACAACUUAAGGUAUUGGGAGAUCGAUGGGCAAACAUCUGUAGGUGGACUGAAGACCGCUGGGUUCUUUUACAAGACAUCCUUCUCAAAUGGCAACGACUUACUGAAGAACAGUGCCUUUUUAGUGCAUGGCUUUCAGAAAAAGAAGAUGCAGUGAACAAGAUUCACACAACUGGCUUUAAAGAUCAAAAUGAAAUGUUAUCAAGUCUUCAAAAACUGGCCGUUUUAAAAGCAGAUCUAGAAAAGAAAAAGCAAUCCAUGGGCAAACUGUAUUCACUCAAACAAGAUCUUCUUUCAACACUGAAGAAUAAGUCAGUGACCCAAAAGACGGAAGCAUGGCUGGAAAACUUUGCCCGGUGUUGGGAUAAUUUAGUCCAAAAACUUGAAAAGAGUACAGCACAGAUUUCACAGGCUGUCACCACCACUCAGCCAUCACUAACACAGACAACUGUAAUGGAAACAGUAACUAUGGUGACCACAAGGGAACAAAUCCUGGUAAAACAUGCUCAAGAGGAACUUCCGCCACCACCUCCCCAAAAGAAGAGGCAGAUGACUGUGGAUUCUGAAAUUAGGAAAAGGUUGGAUGUUGAUAUAACUGAACUUCACAGUUGGAUUACUCGCUCAGAAGCCGUGUUGCAGAGUCCUGAAUUUGCAAUCUAUCGGAAGGAAGGCAACUUCUCAGACUUAAAAGAAAAAGUCAAUGCCAUAGAGCGAGAAAAAGCCGAGAAGUUCAGAAAACUGCAAGAUGCCAGCAGAUCAGCUCAGGCCCUGGUGGAACAGAUGGUGAAUGAGGGUGUUAAUGCCGAUAGCAUCAAACAAGCCUCAGAACAACUGAACAGCCGGUGGAUCGAAUUCUGCCAGUUGCUAAGUGAGAGACUUAACUGGCUGGAGUAUCAGAGCAACAUUAUCACUUUCUAUAAUGAGCUACAACAAUUGGAGCAGAUGACAACUACUGCUGAAAACUGGCUGAAAAUCCAACCCACCACCCCAUCAGAGCCAACAGCAAUUAAAAGUCAGUUAAAAAUUUGUAAGGAUGAAGUCAACCGGCUAUCAGCUCUUCAACCUCAAAUUGAACGAUUAAAAAUUCAAAGCAUAGCCCUGAAAGAGAAAGGACAAGGACCCAUGUUCCUGGAUGCAGACUUUGUGGCCUUUACAAAUCAUUUUAACCAAGUCUUUUCUGAUGUGCAGGCCAGAGAGAAAGAGCUACAGACAAUUUUUGACACUUUGCCACCCAUGCGCUAUCAGGAGACAAUGAGUGCCAUCAGGACAUGGGUACAGCAGUCAGAAACCAAACUCUCCAUACCUCAACUUAGUGUCACCGACUAUGAAAUCAUGGAGCAGAGACUCGGGGAAUUGCAGGCUUUACAAGGUUCUCUGCAAGAGCAACAAAGUGGCCUAAACUAUCUCAGCACCACUGUGAAAGAGAUGGCCAAGAAAGCGCCCUCUGAAAUUAGCCGAAAAUAUCAAUUAGAAUUUGAAGAAAUUGAGGGACGCUGGAAGAAGCUGUCCUCCCAGCUGGUUGAGCAUUGUCAAAAGCUAGAGGACCAAAUGAAUAAACUCCGAAAAAUUCAGAAUCACAUACAAACCCUGAAGAAAUGGAUGGCUGAAGUUGAUGUUUUUCUGAAGGAGGAAUGGCCUGCCCUUGGGGACUCAGAAAUUCUAAAAAAGCAGCUGAAACAGUGCAGACUUUUAGUCAAUGAUAUUCAGACAAUUCAGCCCAGUCUAAACAGUGUCAAUGAAGGUGGGCAGAAGAUAAAGAAUGAAGCAGAGCCAGAGUUCGCUUCCAGACUUGAGAUAGAACUCAAAGAACUUAAUACUCAGUGGGAUCACAUGUGCCAACAGGUCUGUGCCAGAAAGGAGGCCUUGAAGGGAGGUUUGGAGAAAACUGUAAGCCUCCAGAAAGAUCUAUCAGAGAUGCACGAAUGGAUUGCACAAGCUGAAGAAGAGUAUCUUGAGAGAGAUUUUGAAUAUAAAACUCCAGAUGAAUUACAGAAAGCAGUUGAAGAGAUGAAGAGAGCUAAAGAAGAGGCCCAACAAAAAGAAGCGAAAGUGAAACUCCUUACUGAGUCUGUAAAUAGUGUCAUAGCUCAAGCUCCACCUGUAGCACAAGAGGCCUUAAAAAAGGAACUUGAAACUCUAACCACCAACUACCAGUGGCUCUGCACUAGGCUGAAUGGGAAAUGCAAGACUUUGGAAGAAGUUUGGGCAUGUUGGCAUGAGUUGUUGUCAUACUUGGAGAAAGCAAACAAGUGGCUAAAUGAAGUAGAAUUUAAACUUAAAACCACUGAAAACAUUCCUGGUGGAGCUGAAGAAAUCUCUGAGGUGCUAGAUUCACUUGAAAAUUUGAUGCGACAUUCAGAGGAUAACCCAAAUCAGAUUCGCAUAUUGGCACAGACCCUAACAGAUGGCGGAGUCAUGGAUGAGCUAAUCAAUGAGGAACUUGAGACAUUUAAUUCUCGUUGGAGGGAACUACAUGAAGAGGCUGUAAGGAGGCAAAAGUUGCUUGAACAGAGCAUCCAGUCUGCCCAGGAGAUUGAAAAAUCCUUACACUUAAUUCAGGAGUCCCUCACAUCCAUUGACAAGCAGUUGGAAGCUUAUAUUGCAGACAAGGUGGACGCAGCUCAAAUGCCUCAGGAAGCCCAGAAAAUCCAAUCUGAUUUGACAAGUCAUGAGAUCAGUUUAGAAGAAAUGAAGAAACAUAACCAGGGGAAGGAGGCUGCCCAAAGAGUCCUGUCUCAGAUUGAUGUUGCACAGAAAAAAUUACAAGAUGUCUCCAUGAAGUUUCGAUUAUUCCAGAAACCAGCCAAUUUUGAGCAGCGUCUACAAGAAAGUAAGAUGAUUUUAGAUGAAGUGAAGAUGCAUUUGCCUGCGUUGGAAACAAAGAGUGUGGAACAGGAAGUAGUACAGUCACAGUUAAAUCAUUGUGUGAACUUGUAUAAAAGUCUGAGUGAAGUGAAGUCUGAAGUGGAAAUGGUGAUAAAGACUGGACGUCAGAUUGUACAGAAAAAGCAGACGGAAAAUCCCAAAGAACUUGAUGAAAGAGUAACAGCUUUGAAAUUGCAUUAUAAUGAGCUGGGAGCAAAGGUAACAGAAAGAAAGCAACAGUUGGAGAAAUGCUUGAAAUUGUCCCGUAAGAUGCGAAAGGAAAUGAAUGUCUUGACAGAAUGGCUGGCAGCUACAGAUAUGGAAUUGACAAAGAGAUCAGCAGUUGAAGGAAUGCCUAGUAAUUUGGAUUCUGAAGUUGCCUGGGGAAAGGCUACUCAAAAGGAGAUUGAGAAACAGAAGGUGCACCUGAAGAGUAUCACAGAGGUAGGAGAGGCCUUGAAAGCGGUUUUGGGCAAGAAGGAGACGUUGGUGGAAGAUAAACUCAGUCUUCUGAAUAGUAACUGGAUAGCUGUCACCUCCCGAGCAGAAGAGUGGUUAAAUCUUUUGUUGGAAUACCAGAAACACAUGCAAACUUUUGACCAGAACGUGGACCACAUCACAAAGUGGAUCAUUCAGGCUGACACACUUUUGGAUGAAUCGGAGAAAAAGAAACCCCAGCAAAAAGAAGACGUGCUUAAGCGUUUAAAGGCAGAACUGAAUGACAUACGCCCAAAGGUGGACUCUACACGUGACCAAGCAGCAAACUUGAUGGCAAACCGCGGUGACCACUGCAGGAAAUUAGUAGAGCCCCAAAUCUCAGAGCUCAACCAUCGAUUUGCAGCCAUUUCACACAGAAUUAAGACUGGAAAGGCCUCCAUUCCUUUGAAGGAAUUGGAGCAGUUUAACUCAGAUAUACAAAAAUUGCUUGAACCACUGGAGGCUGAAAUUCAGCAGGGGGUGAAUCUGAAAGAGGAAGACUUCAAUAAAGAUAUGAAUGAAGACAAUGAGGGUACUGUAAAAGAAUUGUUGCAAAGAGGAGACAACUUACAACAAAGAAUCACAGAUGAGAGAAAGCGAGAGGAAAUAAAGAUAAAACAGCAGCUGUUACAGACAAAACAUAAUGCUCUCAAGGAUUUGAGGUCUCAAAGAAGAAAAAAGGCUCUAGAAAUUUCUCAUCAGUGGUAUCAGUACAAGAGGCAGGCUGAUGAUCUCCUGAAAUGCUUGGAUGACAUUGAAAAAAAAUUAGCCAGCCUACCUGAACCCAGAGAUGAAAGGAAAAUAAAGGAAAUUGAUCGGGAAUUGCAGAAGAAGAAAGAGGAGCUGAAUGCAGUGCGUAGGCAAGCUGAGGGCUUGUCUGAGGAUGGGGCCGCAAUGGCAGUGGAGCCAACUCAGAUCCAGCUCAGCAAGCGCUGGCGGGAAAUUGAGAGCAAAUUUGCUCAGUUUCGAAGACUCAACUUUGCACAAAUUCACACUGUCCGUGAAGAAACGAUGAUGGUGAUGACUGAAGACAUGCCUUUGGAAAUUUCUUAUGUGCCUUCUACUUAUCUGACUGAAAUCACUCAUGUCUCACAAGCCCUAUCAGAAGUGGAACAACUUCUCAAUGCUCCUGACCUCUGUGCUAAGGACUUUGAAGAUCUCUUUAAGCAAGAGGAGUCUCUGAAGAAUAUAAAAGAUAGUCUACAGCAAAGCUCAGGUCGGAUUGACAUUAUUCAUAGCAAGAAGACAGCAGCAUUGCAAAGUGCAACGCCUGUGGAAAGGGUGAAGCUACAGGAAGCUCUCUCCCAGCUUGAUUUCCAAUGGGAAAAAGUUAACAAAAUGUACAAGGACCGACAAGGGCGAUUCGACAGAUCUGUUGAGAAAUGGCGGCGUUUUCAUUAUGAUAUAAAGAUAUUUAAUCAGUGGCUAACAGAAGCUGAACAGUUUCUCAGAAAGACACAAAUUCCUGAGAAUUGGGAACAUGCUAAAUACAAAUGGUAUCUUAAGGAACUCCAGGAUGGCAUUGGGCAGCGGCAAACUGUUGUCAGAACAUUGAAUGCAACUGGGGAAGAAAUAAUUCAACAAUCCUCAAAAACAGAUGCCAGCAUUCUACAGGAAAAAUUGGGAAGCCUGAAUCUGCGGUGGCAGGAGGUCUGCAAACAGCUGUCAGAAAGAAAAAAGAGGCUAGAAGAACAAAAGAAUAUCUUGUCAGAAUUUCAAAGAGAUUUAAAUGAAUUUGUUUUGUGGUUGGAGGAAGCAGAUAACAUUGCUAGUAUCCCACUUGAACCUGGAAAUGAGCAGCAACUAAAAGAAAAGCUUGAGCAAGUCAAGUUACUGGUGGAAGAGUUGCCCCUGCGCCAGGGAAUUCUAAAACAAUUAAAUGAAACUGGAGGACCCGUGCUUGUAAGUGCUCCCAUAAGCCCAGAAGAGCAAGAUAAACUGGAAAAUAAGCUCAAGCAGACAAAUCUCCAGUGGAUAAAGGUUUCCAGAGCUUUACCUGAGAAACAAGGAGAAAUUGAAGCUCAAAUAAAAGACCUUGGGCAGCUUGAAAAAAAGCUUGAAGACCUUGAAGAGCAGUUAAAUCAUCUGCUCCUGUGGUUGUCUCCUAUUAGGAAUCAGUUGGAAAUUUAUAACCAACCAAACCAAGAAGGACCAUUUGACAUUAAGGAAACUGAAAUAGCAGUUCAAGCUAAACAACCGGAUGUGGAAGAGAUUUUGUCUAAAGGGCAACGUUUGUACAAGGAAAAACCAGCCACUCAUCCAGUGAAGAGGAAGUUAGAAGAUCUGAGCUCUGAGUGGAAGGCGGUAAACCGUUUACUUCAAGAGCUGAGGGCAAAGCAGCCUGACCUAGCUCCUGGACUGACCACUGUUGGAGCCUCUCCUACUCAGACUGUUACUCUGGUGACACAACCUGUGGUUACUAAGGAAACUGCCAUCUCCAAACUAGAAAUGCCAUCUUCCUUGAUGUUGGAGGUACCUGCUCUGGCAGAUUUCAACCGGGCUUGGACAGAACUUACCGACUGGCUUUCUCUGCUUGAUCGAGUUAUAAAAUCACAGAGAGUGAUGGUGGGCGACCUUGAGGAUAUCAACGAGAUGAUCAUCAAGCAGAAGGCAACAAUGCAGGAUUUGGAACAGAGGCGUCCCCAGUUGGAAGAACUCAUUACUGCUGCCCAAAAUUUGAAAAACAAGACCAGCAAUCAAGAGGCUAGAACAAUCAUUACGGAUCGAAUUGAAAGAAUUCAGAAUCAGUGGGAUGAAGUACAAGAACACCUUCAGAACCGGAGGCAACAGUUGAAUGAAAUGUUAAAGGAUUCAACACAAUGGCUGGAAGCUAAGGAAGAAGCUGAGCAGGUCUUAGGACAGGCCAGAGCCAAGCUUGAGUCAUGGAAGGAGGGUCCCUAUACAAUAGAUGCAAUCCAAAAGAAAAUAACAGAAACCAAGCAGUUGGCCAAAGACCUCCGCCAGUGGCAGAUAAAUGUAGAUGUGGCAAAUGACUUGGCCCUGAAACUUCUCCGGGAUUAUUCUGCAGAUGAUACCAGAAAAGUCCACAUGAUAACAGAGAAUAUCAAUGCCUCCUGGGGAAGCAUUCAUAAAAGGGUCAGUGAGCGAGAGGCUGCUUUGGAAGAAACUCAUAGAUUACUGCAACAGUUCCCCCUGGACCUGGAAAAGUUUCUUGCCUGGCUUACAGAAGCUGAAACAACUGCCAAUGUCCUACAGGAUGCUACCCGUAAGGAAAGACUCCUUGAAGACUCCAAGGGAGUAAAAGAGCUGAUGAAACAAUGGCAAGACCUCCAAGGUGAAAUUGAAGCUCACACAGAUGUUUAUCACAACCUGGAUGAAAACAGCCAGAAAAUCCUGAGAUCCCUGGAAGGUUCCGAUGAUGCAGUCCUGUUACAAAGACGUUUGGAUAACAUGAACUUCAAGUGGAGUGAACUUCGGAAAAAGUCUCUCAACAUUAGGUCCCAUUUGGAAGCCAGUUCUGACCAGUGGAAGCGUCUGCACCUUUCUCUACAGGAACUUCUGGUGUGGCUACAGCUGAAAGAUGAUGAAUUAAGCCGGCAGGCACCUAUUGGAGGCGACUUUCCAGCAGUUCAGAAGCAGAACGAUGUACAUAGGGCCUUCAAGAGGGAAUUGAAAACUAAAGAACCUGUAAUCAUGAGUACUCUCGAGACUGUACGAAUAUUUCUGACAGAGCAGCCUUUGGAAGGACUAGAGAAACUCUACCAGGAGCCCAGAGAGCUGCCUCCUGAGGAGAGAGCCCAGAAUGUCACUCGGCUUCUACGAAAGCAGGCUGAGGAGGUCAAUACUGAGUGGGAAAAAUUGAACCUGCACUCCGCUGACUGGCAGAGAAAAAUAGAUGAGACCCUAGAAAGACUCCAGGAACUUCAAGAGGCCGCGGAUGAGCUGGACCUCAAGCUGCGCCAAGCCGAGGUGAUCAAGGGAUCCUGGCAGCCCGUGGGCGAUCUCCUCAUUGACUCUCUCCAAGAUCACCUCGAGAAAGUCAAGGCACUUCGAGGAGAAAUUGCACCUCUGAAAGAGAACGUGAGCCACGUCAAUGACCUUGCUCGCCAGCUUACCACUUUGGGCAUUCAGCUCUCACCGUAUAACCUCAGCACUCUGGAAGACCUGAACAGCAGAUGGAAGCUUCUGCAGGUGGCCGUCGAGGACCGAGUCAGGCAGCUGCAUGAAGCCCACAGGGACUUUGGUCCAGCGUCUCAGCACUUUCUUUCCACAUCUGUCCAGGGUCCCUGGGAGAGAGCCAUCUCGCCAAACAAGGUGCCCUACUAUAUCAACCACGAGACUCAAACAACUUGCUGGGACCAUCCCAAAAUGACAGAGCUCUACCAGUCUUUAGCUGACCUGAAUAAUGUCAGAUUCUCAGCUUACAGGACUGCCAUGAAACUCCGAAGACUGCAGAAGGCCCUUUGCUUGGAUCUCUUGAGCCUGUCAGCUGCAUGUGAUGCCUUGGACCAGCACAACCUCAAGCAAAAUGACCAGCCCAUGGAUAUCCUGCAGAUUAUUAAUUGUUUGACCACUAUUUAUGACCGCCUGGAGCAAGAGCACAACAAUUUGGUCAACGUCCCUCUCUGCGUGGAUAUGUGUCUGAACUGGCUGCUAAAUGUUUAUGAUACGGGACGAACAGGGAGGAUCCGUGUUCUAUCUUUUAAAACUGGCAUCAUUUCCCUGUGUAAAGCACAUUUGGAAGACAAGUACAGAUACCUUUUCAAGCAAGUGGCAAGUUCAACAGGAUUUUGUGACCAGCGCAGGCUGGGCCUCCUUCUGCAUGAUUCUAUCCAAAUUCCAAGGCAGUUGGGUGAAGUUGCAUCCUUUGGGGGCAGUAACAUUGAGCCAAGUGUCCGGAGCUGCUUCCAAUUUGCUAAUAAUAAGCCGGAGAUCGAAGCGGCCCUCUUCCUAGACUGGAUGAGACUGGAACCCCAGUCCAUGGUGUGGCUGCCCGUCCUGCACAGAGUGGCUGCUGCAGAAACUGCCAAGCAUCAGGCCAAAUGUAACAUCUGCAAGGAGUGUCCAAUCAUUGGAUUCAGGUACAGGAGUCUAAAGCACUUUAAUUAUGACAUCUGCCAAAGCUGCUUUUUUUCUGGUCGAGUUGCAAAAGGCCAUAAAAUGCACUAUCCCAUGGUGGAAUAUUGCACUCCGACUACAUCAGGAGAAGAUGUUCGAGACUUUGCCAAGGUACUAAAAAACAAAUUUCGAACCAAAAGGUAUUUUGCGAAGCAUCCCCGAAUGGGCUACCUGCCAGUGCAGACUGUCUUAGAGGGGGACAACAUGGAAACUCCCGUUACUCUGAUCAACUUCUGGCCGGUAGAUUCUGCGCCUGCCUCGUCCCCUCAGCUUUCACACGAUGAUACUCAUUCACGCAUUGAACAUUAUGCUAGCAGGCUAGCAGAAAUGGAAAACAGCAAUGGAUCUUAUCUAAAUGAUAGCAUCUCUCCUAAUGAGAGCAUAGAUGAUGAACAUUUGUUAAUCCAGCAUUACUGCCAAAGUUUGAACCAGGACUCCCCCCUGAGCCAGCCUCGUAGUCCUGCCCAGAUCUUGAUUUCCUUAGAGAGUGAGGAAAGAGGGGAGCUAGAGAGAAUCCUAGCAGAUCUUGAGGAAGAAAACAGGAAUCUGCAAGCAGAAUAUGACCGUCUAAAGCAGCAGCAUGAACAUAAAGGCCUGUCCCCACUGCCAUCCCCUCCUGAAAUGAUGCCCACCUCUCCCCAGAGUCCCCGGGAUGCUGAGCUCAUUGCUGAGGCCAAGCUACUGCGUCAACACAAAGGCCGCCUGGAAGCCAGGAUGCAAAUCCUGGAAGACCACAAUAAACAGCUGGAGUCACAGUUACAUAGGCUAAGGCAGCUGCUGGAGCAACCCCAGGCAGAGGCCAAAGUGAAUGGCACAACGGUGUCCUCUCCUUCUACCUCUCUACAGAGGUCCGACAGCAGUCAGCCUAUGCUGCUCCGAGUGGUUGGCAGUCAAACUUCGGACUCCAUGGGUGAGGAAGAUCUUCUCAGUCCUCCCCAGGACACAAGCACAGGGUUAGAGGAGGUGAUGGAGCAACUCAACAACUCCUUCCCUAGUUCAAGAGGAAGAAAUACCCCUGGAAAGCCAAUGAGAGAGGACACAAUGUAGGAAGUCUUUUCCACAUGGCAGAUGAUUUGGGCAGAGCGAUGGAGUCCUUAGUAUCAGUCAUGACAGAUGAAGAAGGAGCAGAAUAAAUGUUUUACAACUCCUGAUUCCCGCAUGGUUUUUAUAAUAUUCAUACAACAAAGAGGAUUAGACAGUAAGAGUUUACAAGAAAUAAAUCUAUAUUUUUGUGAAGGGUAGUGGUACUAUACUGUAGAUUUCAGUAGUUUCUAAGUCUGUUAUUGUUUUGUUAACAAUGGCAGGUUUUACACGUCUAUGCAAUUGUACAAAAAAGUUAUAAGAAAACUACAUGUAAAAUCUUGAUAGCUAAAUAACUUGCCAUUUCUUUAUAUGGAACGCAUUUUGGGUUGUUUAAAAAUUUAUAACAGUUAUAAAGAAAGAUUGUAAACUAAAGUGUGCUUUAUAAAAAAAAGUUGUUUAUAAAAACCCCUAAAAACAAACAAACACACACACACACACAUACAUACACACACACACGUAUACACACAACUUUGAGGCAGCGCAUUGUUUUGCAUCCUUUCGGUGUGAUAUCCAUAUGAAAUUCAUGGCUUUUUCUUUUUUUGCAUAUUAAAGAUAGGACUUCCUCUACCACCAAAUGACUACUUCACACUGCUGCUCAUUUAAGAAUUGUCAACUGAGUGGGGCAGGCUGUGAGUUUCCAUUUUAUAUAUCUAUAUGUCUAUAAGUAUAUAAAUACUAUAGUUAUAUAGAUAAAUAGAUACAAAUUUCUAUAGACUUUUUCCAUUUUUUAAAUGUUCAUGUCACUUCCUAAUAGAAAGAAAUUACUUCUAGUCAUCCAGGCUUACCUGCUUGGUCUAGAAUGGAUAUUCCCCAGAGCCGGAAGCCAGGAGGAAGCUACCACUGUAAAACAAACAUUGUCUACAGCUCCAGAUAGUUCUCAUUUUAAACUUUCCACUGACAACUAAAAAGUAUUGAAUUUUUUUAAAGGGAACAUGUGAAUGAAUACACAGGACUUAUUAUAUCAGAGUAAUCAAUCGGUUGAUUGAUUGAUUGAUUGAUAUAUUCAGCUUCCUGCUGCUAGCAAUGCCACGAUUUAGAUUUAAUGAUGCUUCAGUGGAAAUCAGAAGGUAUUCUGACCUUCUGAGUAUCAGAAGGUAUUUUUAACUAACUCCCAAGCAGUAGCAGGACGAUGAUAGGGCUGGAGGGCUAUGGAUUCCCAGCCCAUCCCUGUGAAGGAGUAGGCCACUCUUUAAGUGAAGGAUUGGAUACGUGUUCAUAAUACAUAAAGUUCUCUAUAAUUACAACUAAAUUAAAUUAUUAUGCCCUCGGAAGUGGGUGGUUUUGUUUUUGUUGCUGUUUUUUAGAUUUAUUUUCCCAUGCGGGAUGAGUUUUUAAAUGCCAUAAGACAUAAUUUAAAAUAAACUUCGGGAAAAGGUGUAAGACAGUAGCCCCAUCAUAUUUGUGAUACUGACAAGUAUCAACCCAGAAGCCCAUGAACUGUGUUUCCCUCCUUUGCAUUUCUCUGCGAGUUAAUUCCACACAGGUUUGUAGGUAAGAAGGCAAAUAGAUUCAAAUGUUACAAAACUAAAAAAGCUACUCCAAACCUUUCUUGGUGGAUUAGACAGGUUAAAUAUAUAAACAAACAAAAAUUGCUCAAAAAGAGGAGAAAAGCUCAAGAGGAAAAGCUAAGGAUUGGUAGGAAAAAGCUUUACUCUUUCAUGCCAUUUUAUUCCUCUUUGAUUUUUUAAAUCAUUCAUUCAAUAGACAUCACCAUGUGACCUAUAAUUUUGCAAAUCUGUUACCUCUGACAUCAAGAGUAAUUAGCUUUUGCAGAGUGGGUUUUGUCCAUUAUUUUAUUAAUAAUUAAUUAACAUCAAACAUGGCUUCUCAUGCUAUUUCUACCUCACUUUGGUUUUGGGGUGUUCCUGAUAAUUGUGCACACCUGAGUUCACAGCUUCACCACUCGUCUAUUGCGUUAUUUUCUUUUUCCUUUAUAAUUUUCAAAAGAAAACCCAAAGCUCUAAGAUAACAAAUUACCAAAUCACAUGACGAUUUGGUUUUUGUCUUGCAUUUUUUCCUUUAUGUGACGCUGGACCUUUUCUUUACCCAAGGAUUUUUAAAACUAAGACUUAAAAUAAGGGGUUACUUUACAUCCUACUAAGAAGUUUAAGUUUCAUUCUAAAAUCAGAGGUAAAUAGAGUGCAUAAUUUUAAUCUUUUUGUUUUUUCUUUUAGACAUUAGUUCUGGAGUGAGUCUGUCGUAAUAUUUGAACAAAAAUUGAGAGCUUUAUUGCUGCAUUUUAAGCAUAAUUUGGACAUUAUUUCGUGUUGUGUUCUUUAUAACCACCAAGUAUUAAACUGUAAAUCAUAAUCAAUGUAACUGAAGCAUAAACAUCACAUGGCAUGUUUUGUCAUUGUUUUCAGGUACUGAGUUCUUACUUGAGUAUCAUAAUAUAUUGUGUUUUAACACCAACACUGUAACAUUUACUAAUUAUUUUUUUAAACUUCAGUUUUACUGCAUUUUCACAACAUAUCAGACUUCACCAAAUAUAUGCCUUACUAUUGUAUUAUAGUACUGCUUUACUGUGUAUCUCAAUAAAGCACGCAGUUAUGUUACAAAAAA